UGCGAGUGUGUGUGUUGAACUGAGCGGAGGUGAAGAAGAGGAGGAUGAAGCUGGGAGCGGAGGAUGGGAGGAAGAGUGGAGUAAGAGACAGGCUAGCUGUGUGUGAAUGAGUGAGUGAGUGAGGAAGAGGAGAGGAAGGUCGUCGGAGGGACCGAAAACAAAGGCUUGCAUAUUUUGGGGAUAACCUCCGGAACAUUACUAACUGAAACUUUCAACUUUUUGCCCGCCACAUCUCGGCUUGUUGUGUCCGGAGCCGGCUUUGUUUCACGGCGGGGGUGUCUACGAUAAAUGAAGGAAUAAAAUAGAUCCCCAUCGACCUUUUUCUACCCAAGCGGGGAAUACCCUGGGACUGCUUUUGAUAAAGGUUACGAGAGAAUGGCGGCCAACAUGUACCGAGUGGGAGAUUAUGUGUACUUUGAGAACUCCUCCAGCAAUCCAUACCUGAUCCGUAGAAUAGAAGAGCUUAACAAGACAGCCAAUGGGAACGUGGAGGCGAAGGUGGUGUGUCUGUUUAGGAGGCGAGACAUCUCAGGAAACCUCAACACCCUGGCUGACAGCAAUGCAAGAGAAUUUGAGGAGGAGUCGAAGCAGCCGACGCCGUCUGAACAACAGAAACACCAGCUCAAACACAGAGAGCUCUUCCUGUCUCGACAGUUUGAAUCUCUACCUGCUACUCACAUACGGGGGAAAUGUAACGUCACCCUCCUCAAUGAAACAGACGUCUUGGCCGGCUACCUUGAGAAAGAGGACUGUUUCUUCUACUCGUUGGUGUUCGACCCUGUCCAGAAGACCCUACUGGCGGACCAGGGUGAGAUCCGCGUGGGCUCUAAGUACCAGGCGGAGAUCCCCGACAAGCUAGCUGAGGGUGAAUCAGACAACCGGAUCCAGGAGAAGCUGGAGACCAAGGUGUGGGACCCCAACAACCAGCUCAAAGACCCUCAGAUUGACCAGUUCCUGGUGGUGGCGAGAGCUGUGGGGACCUUUGCUCGGGCCCUGGACUGCAGCAGCUCCAUCCGCCAGCCCAGCCUCCAUAUGAGUGCAGCUGCUGCCUCCAGAGACAUCACACUGUUCCAUGCUAUGGACACGUUGCAGAAGAACAACUAUGACCUGGCCAAAGCCAUGUCCACCCUGGUUCCACAGGGGGGGCCGGUGCUCUGCCGCGAUGAGAUGGAGGAGUGGAGCGCCUCAGAGGCAAUGCUGUUUGAGGAGGCUCUGGAGAAAUAUGGCAAAGACUUCAACGACAUCCGCCAGGACUUUCUGCCCUGGAAGUCUCUAGCCAGCGUGGUCCAGUUCUACUACAUGUGGAAGACUACAGACCGCUACAUCCAACAGAAACGACUAAAGGCAGCAGAGGCAGACAGCAAGCUGAAGCAGGUGUACAUCCCCACCUACACCAAACCCAACCCCAACCAGAUCAUGGUGCCAGGCAGCAAGCCUGGUAUGAAUGGGGCAGCAGGCUUCCAGAAGGGACUCAGCUGUGAGAGCUGCCACAUUCAGCCUGCUGAGAUGCCCUCUCCUAACACUGAAUCUCCCUUCACCCACCCAGCGGCCCAGUCCCCCCAGUGGUAUGCCUGGGGCCCUCCAAACAUGCAGUGCAGACUGUGCGCCUCCUGCUGGAUAUACUGGAAGAAGUAUGGAGGCCUGAAGACUCCCACACAGCUAGAGGGCGCCGCUAGAGUUGGCUCUGAGUCAGGCCCCCGCGGCCACAUGACACGCCAGGAGGUCCAGGGCAUGUCGCCGUUCACCCGCAACGAGGGUCGAGCCAAGCUGCUGGCCAAGAACCGCCAGACGUUCAUCCUGCAGACCACCAAGCUGACCCGCAUCGCUCGCAGGGUGUGUGAGGACAUCCUGCAGCCUCACCGCGCUGCACGACGGCCCUACGCUUCCAUCAACGCCAACGCCGUCAAGGCGGAGUGCAUUAUCAGGCUGCCCAAAGCCACGAAAACUCCUCUAAAGACCAAGUUGGUGCCUCGACAGUCCCUGGCCAACAUAGUGAAGGAAUUAGCCAUCUCCGCUCCUCUGAAACUGAAGGCGUCUAGAGGACCCCCGACACCCAUCAACAGGAAUCAGGCCAGCCAGCCCCGUGUGGGCCAAAGCCUGCUGGGAAAGAGAGGCUUCGAGAGUGCUGCAGGGGUGCCCUACCCAGCCAAUGGGAGGCCGUAUACUUCAGGUAUGAGGACGACCUCUCAGUCGGUCAUCAAGCGGCAGAAGGUCAGCCAGGGGGAGGCACCCAACCCCGUGGUGUUUGUGGCUACAAAGGACACCAGAGGUUGGUGAGUAAGGACGCCUGGAGAGAGAGGAACAACCAUUGACAGGCUGCCUGGCUCUGAGGAAACAUCUGACCCAGUCGGAGAUGCGUCGGGCAGCCAGGAAACCUCAUCUCCUGGUCCGGAUCAAACUGCCGCCACCGCCCCCCCGCUCCCUGGCCAUGCCCCUGCUCCCCUCCAGCACCAGCGAACC